UGAUGAGCUGAAAGGUGUAAGCUAAGAAUGAGUAGAAGAAGUGCUAACUCCUAGCUUUCAGACUGGCCGGUUUUUCUGUCAUAAUGGAUCAGAAAAUUCCCUAUGAUGACUACCAGCUUCCAGUGGUAUUUCUGCCUUCUUAUGAGAACCCACCAGCAUGGAUACCACCACAGGAGCGGGUUCAUCAUCCUGACUACAACAAUGAGCUCACCCAGUUCUUGCCUCGUACCAUUGUGUUAAAGAAGCCUCCAGGAGCACAGCUGGGUUUCAACAUCCGUGGAGGCAAAGCGUCGCAGUUAGGAAUUUUUAUAUCCAAGGUGGUCCCAGAUUCAGAUGCUCACAGGGCAGGUCUGCAGGAGGGAGACCAGGUCCUCUCUGUGAAUGAUGUAGAUUUCCAAGACAUAGAGCACUCUAGGGCUGUGGAGAUUCUGAAGACUGCUCGAGAAAUUGUGAUGAGGGUUCGCUUCUUUCCUUACAAUUACCAAAGGCAAAAGGAGAGAACAGUACACUAGGUGGCAGCAGAAAGAGGAAAAAGACCUACAUUCUGUCACUAGACGUCAUCAACUUUCUCCCACAGACUCCGGCCUCCGUUCUGACUCAAUGUCAAGAUAACAAAUGUAUGACUAACAAUCAAAUUCAGUCUUCCAUGUAAGGAAAAUGAACUGUUGCAGACCUAAAACCAGUUGUGCAUGCGAUCUGUGAUCCUCUACGAUACAAGAUGGCUUCAGAAUGUUUUCACAAUAGGUUUUGCUGUUUCUUUGCAGAUGGAAAAUAUGAGCAGAACCUUGAAUAUGGAUACUUACAUAAUGUGGUAAUGAUAACACUUUCUGGUCUGGAGAAGCAUUUAAGGCAUUUGAAUACUUAAAUAGUCCCUGUUAACUAUGCCUGUAGCUUUUUUUUUUUUUUUUUUUAAGCUGUGGACUUGUAAGAAGUUCAGAUAAGCAUUAAUGUGCUUUUUGCACAUUUGACACUGAUAUAGACAAAUAUUUUAUUACACUGACACAGUAGGUACAAAGACAGUCCAGUCUUAUAUACUGUAAUAACAAAUAAUCAUGCAAGACUUCUGGUAAAUUUUAAGUUUUACUGACAUAAGAAUUUAUUGUACUUGAUUACUUUUUU